AUGUUGAUUAAUCAGCUCGGAAAUUCAAAAGAUGAUGCAGUCAAACGUUUUAUGGGACUGGAGAAAAGAUUCUCGAUGCAUGCGGAACUCAAGAAACUGUAUACAGAAUUCAUUCACGAAUAUUUAGCACUCAAACACAUGAAACCUAUCAGCGAGGAUGAAAAGGAAGAGACAGGCUUCUACCUUCCACAUCAUGCCGUUUUGAAACCGCACAGUACCACAACAAAGUUACGUGUUGUUUUCGAUGUCUCCUGUAAAACUAGUACAGGAGUAUCGUUGAAUGAUGCACUAAUGGUCGGUCCAGUUGUCCAAAAGGAUUUGUUGGACAUCAUUCUGCGUUUUCGGGUCCAUAAAUGUGGUAUAGUCGCUGAUAUAGCGAAGAUGUAUCGCAUGAUAGGUAUCCACACGGAAGAUCAGCGAAUACUGUGGAGAGAUUCGCCGAUAGAACCAAUCCGUACGUUUGAAUUAGCUACAGUUACGUAUGGUUCGGCUUCGGCUUCAUAUUUGGCAACGAAGUGCCUACAGAAAUGCAGAUGCAGAUGA